AUGAGCUACCCCAACACACGCGGUCCAUUCGGCUGGACUACCGCCACGGACUCUUCAUCGUCGGAAGAUAAGCGUCGUAAUCGGUUUAACCGACUAGCUCUCGCGAGUGAACCCUCAAAUAGUCAUGCUGAAGCUCUGCCAUGCGGUCGAGUGGAGGCUUUCUAUAUGCAACCUCCCUCACGCAGCUGGCCGGUGAGCCCUCCUCGGUGCGCGGCUGAGAUGCCACGCGUCAACCCCAACUAUGAAGACCAUCGUGAUGUGUCUCCCCUAGGCUCACCGAUUGUCACUCACAUGCAAUACCGCCAGCAUCAAUCGUCUGGACACGGUGUAGGUAAGAAUGAUCUUCCGUUCCGCGCUGGUGUAACUGACGCGACGAGUCGCGCCAUCAGCGCACCAACGACGCCCAGAAGGACGUACACCCGACCCGAUGAGCUCCAGUUUCCAGAGUCGCCAGCUUCCGAGGUUCCCGGCUCCCAUGAGCGCCACGUUGUGGACCUUCUCAAUCGAGGCGCAAACGUUGUGCGUGCAGCAGUGGCAUUCGAACAGCCUGUGCUGCGUCGGCAGAAUGCUCUGCGUAAGCCCUCAGUGUCGGUGCAGAGUCCGCGCUUGCGAUUCGCUCAAGAGGUCAAUACCAAAGAGGCUCGUCUCGGCCUUGUGAGAACUGGGCAACAGUAA